AUGUCCUCCUUGACCGAUGCCGUCAACGCGCGGCUCUUUAUGGAAGUGUCCCGGCCAGUAACCAUUGCACGCGGAAUCCUACAAUCUGGAGCUGCACAAUAUCCUAUUCAGGGCGUGAUUUAUUUUUUUGAGAACCCUUCUUUGUGGCCCAUUUACCUCAGGCUGAUACCUCCAAUUUUGAUUGUUCAUAUAUCUGUCUUUUUAUCUGUUUUUAGCACGUUGUUUUUGCUCAACAUCUCUGUGGCGAUGUGCUGUUGCGGUCCGUUUGGAUUACUCGUGGGAGCAGGCGUGACUGCACAGGAAGCCAACUUUAUCACGAGCUACAUCUUGGACAAUUAUCUGAUUCCCCGGCCCAUGGAUUCCCUUUUUGACAAUAUUUUGUGCCGUGAAGGGUUGGAGAAAGUGGUUAUACCAGGCAAACUGAAAAGAGUUGUUGGACCCACUUUUGGCGACAAGCUUUGGGAGAAUUCUCUAUGGGCUCCGGUGACCAUUCCAGGAAGUGUUUAUUCCGACCUGAGACCAGUUUUACUGAGUUUUAUUCCCCUCAUUGGCCCAAUGGCCUUGAGCUUCAACAGUGCGGUUGCAAAAGGAAACAGCUUCGAGAAGCGGUAUUACAAGCUGACCAGACUCAGAGGCCGCCAGGUGAGGUACCUAAUUAAAGAGAGGGAGGGAGAUUACUGGAGUUUUGGUUUCGUGGCUAAUCUAUUGGAGAGUGUGCCCUUGCUAGGCUCGUUUUUCUAUUUCACUAAUCAAAUUGGGGGUGCUCUCCUAGCUGCAAAAUAUUACAAUGAAGGCAGAACUGAAUUUUGA